AUGGGUGAUCACUAUGGAUUCUCACUUACAACCUUCUCUCCAUCCGGAAAAUUGAUGCAGAUUGAGUAUGCCUUGAACGCUGUGCGAAAUGGCCAACCUUCGGUUGGAUUGAGGGGUAAGGUUUUUAUUUUUUCUUGGAAUUUUAGAGAUUUUUUUUGAAUUUUGAGAAACAAUUGCUCUCAUGAAGAAGAUCGAGGUUUUACGUAUUGAAAAUUGCUUUUAUUUCUGGAAAGAUGAUCGACAGAGCUUUUUGAUGAAAUUUUGAAGCUUUUGAGAUAUAAUUUUGAUUUUUCUGUCCAGUAUUUUAUAAGCUACAGAGCAAAGCGUUUCACUUAUCCAACCCAAGUAUAAUAUCUAAAAUUUUCAGCUAAUGAUGGCGUCGUUUUGGCCACCGAGAACAAGGGAAGUGUCUUAGCUGAGGAUGAAUAUAAAACUGAGAAAAUUUCCGAUCACAUUGGAUUUGUUUACUCUGGAAUGGGACCAGAUUACAGGUAAGAAUAAUAUCAAAAAAUUGAGUUGUUUUUUAGGAUUCUUGUGCGAAAAGCCCGAAAAAUCGCCAUGGAAUACGAGUUGGCCUAUGGAGAGGAAAUUUCAGUAGUUCAGUUGGUUUCAAAGGUCGCUGUUGUUAUGCAGGAGUACACUCAAUCUGGGUAAGACUUUUUUCCUUAUUUUUUUUUUGUUUUUAGGUUCAAAUGAGGUAAAAGGAAGAGAGAUUAGGGUAAAAUACGUGUCUUUCAAAUAGAAACAUAAUUUUAUGCGAGAUUCAUGGAUAAAACAUAAUUUUUGAUAUGAUCUAUGACAUCUUAUCCAAAAUUUUGAAUUUCCAGUGGUGUCCGUCCAUUCGGAGUUUCCUUGCUGAUUGCUGGUUGGGAUAAGAUCCAAAACCGUCCUCUUCUCUUCCAAUGCGAUCCAUCCGGCGCGUACUUCGCCUGGAAAGCGACCGCUUUGGGCAAGAACGACGCCAACACCAAGACCUUCCUGGAAAAGCGUUUCACCGACUCCAUCGAGCUCGACGAUGGAAUACACACUGCUCUGUUGACGCUGCGCGAAAGCUUCGACGUCGCCAUGACCGAGGACAAUGUUGAGCUGGCGAUCUGCACGUCAGCCGGCUUCCGCCGUCUAAACAAACGUCAAGUCCAUGAUCAUGUGAACAUGCUCUAA